GAGAUAAACAUUGCUAUUAUCGAAACCUUGAAUAAAAAAACCUUGUUGAUUUGACGUUUAUAACCUUAAAUUUACAAUUAUCGUCAACAGUAGCACAGAAGUUUAUUUUCUCCAAGAAAACUGUUUUAUACUAAUGAGGCUAAUUUAUUGUUUGCGGUGAUGGAAGCGUGACUCAUAAAAGUGAAUUCGGAUUUAUGUACAUAAGUAUAUGCACAUAUGUACCAAGCCAUUAUUUCAGAAUGGAAAGGCCCAGUGGCAGUAAUGAUUUGAGUCCGACCGUAUCUUUUCCAAGAACAAGCAUAGGUUCAGAUGCAGACUAUGAUGAUGACUUGGGAGUUCCAACAUCAAUUAAAGUUGUUGAUAUUGGAGAUGGCCCAGUCGCAAUUGAAAAUUCUGAUGAUGAAUUGGAAGAUGAGACUUAUGAAGGAGGAGCUCCUUUCAGCAAACUCCAUAACUAUGUUAAAUUCAAUUCGGUGAAUCGAAACGUUUUUGUUCCAUCAGAAGAUAUUGUAGUAACUCUAACAGGCUACGAAAGGGAAUUGACCACACAUAUGCUGAAUCCUAAUUUAUACACUAUCGGCAUUUCACAUGCGGGAUUUAAUUGGAAAAUUAACAAAAGAUAUAAAGAUAUACAAAGUUUGCAUCAGGAAUUGGUGUUGUUUAGAACAGGAUUAAACAUACCAUUGCCGAGUAAAACGCACAAAAAUAAAAGAAAAACUUUUAAGGAAAAUGUACCAAAAAAUAAGAAAGGAAAACGAAAAGCUGCUCUUCCCAGAUUCCCAAAUAAGCCGGAAAUAUUAGUUACUUAUGAAAAAAUUCCAAAUAGAAUGAAGCAAAUUCAAGAUUAUUUAAAUAAUUUGGUGUCGAUCUUUAUUUAUCGAAACCAUCCCGAUACUCUUAAUUUUCUGGAAGUUAGCCAUGUGUCCUUUAUUAAAGAUUUGGGCUCUAAGGGCAAGGAAGGUAUUGUGAAAAAGAAAUCUGGUAGCACUCAUCCAGGGCAAUCGGGUUGCAAUUUUUUUGGUUGCUACGGAUGUUUUUGCUGUCUUAGGUGUCAACACUUUUGUCGGACAUUCGUAUGCUCCAGAUGGCUCAAACGGUGGUUAUUCAUCAAAGAUACUUGCUUUGGGUAUUUAAAUCCUGAAACAGGAAAAAUUAAUUGUGUAGUAUUAUUCGAUCAAGGGUUUGAAGUGGCAUCUGCUAUGUACAAUAUGCCAUUAAAUACUGGCUGGCAAGUACAGACACUAAGCCGUUCUUUAACGUUUAAGUGUAAAACUAAAAGAAAAAACCGAGAGUGGAUAGAGGCCCUUAGAGAGACAACGGCAACAACAGCAAGAUUAUUUGUUCAGCCUAAUCCCCAUCAUUCAUUUGCUCCCAUAAGAUGUAAUACGACGGCAACUUGGUUUGUUGAUGGAUCAAGUUACAUGUCGUCUCUUGCGGAUGCCAUUCAAAACGCGAAAGAGGAAAUCUUUAUUACGGACUGGUGGUUAAGUCCCGAGAUUUAUUUGAAAAGACCCGCUAUUGUCGCCGACUACUGGAGACUAGAUAAAUUGCUUCAAAGAAAAGCUAAAGAUGGCGUGUUAAUAUAUAUACUUUUGUACAAAGAAGUGGAGAUGGCCUUAGGAUUGAAUAGUUUUUAUAGUAAGCAAACUUUGCAAGACUUACAUAAAAAUAUAAAAGUGCUUCGCCACCCGGAUCAUGCAAAGGCCGGCGUUUUUCUGUGGGCACACCAUGAGAAGACUGUUGUUAUUGAUCAAACGUAUGCUUUUCUUGGGGGAAUUGAUCUUUGCUAUGGUAGAUGGGACGACCAAAUACAUAGAUUAACAGAUUUGGGUAGCAUGACGCCUGCCCUGGAUCUGACAACGUUAAGAAAGCGAACCUCUGACAGGCCAUCUGGAGUUGUAAUCUAUCCUAUUCCAGUACCGUAUUACAAGCAAGUGAUAAUUCCUCCGGUUCCACCUUCUGAUGCACAGGCAGAUGCUUGCGUCGAGCCCGAUUUGUUGCCUCAACUGGAACCUGGGGAUAAUUUGUUAUUGCCCAACAAAUGCGCUGUGAAACCCAAUACGCCAGACAUGGACCGGAAAAACGUUUUUAUAGAUCUAACACAUAAAGUUAAGAUCAAGGGCAAAGAGCUAAUCAACUUAGUAUACGCACCCACAGAAGAUGAAGGCAUUAAGCCAAAUACCCCAGAUAUUAACAUAGAUGGUACUGAUGAAGUGGGUGGAAAGCAAGAUCUUCAAACUCCCGAACAGAUCAUAGAGACGCUCGACGGUUCGGCCAAAUUAUGGGUCGGAAAAGAUUAUGUGAAUUUCAUCGUUAAAGAUUUUACCAACUUGGAUUUGCCUUUUGAUGAUUUUAUCGAUCGGUCUUCAACGCCCCGAAUGCCGUGGCAUGAUGUUGGCUUGUGCAUUCACGGAGAAGCAGCCAGAGAUGUAGCAAGACAUUUUAUUCAAAGAUGGAAUGCUACUAAGCUGGAAAAGGCCAAGGGCAAUGCGAUUUAUCCUUAUUUGCUUCCAAAAGCUUACAAUGAUUUUAAAACAAUGUCAAUCAAUUUUCCAAACAGCACACAUAAGGUUACAUGCCAGGUUCUUCGAAGUAUUAGUACGUGGUCCGGAGGAUUUUUGGAUCCCGACUAUGUGGAGCAGAGUAUUCAUGAAGCGUAUAUAGAUUCAAUAACACGAGCCCAACAUUAUAUCUACAUAGAAAAUCAGUUUUUCAUUACGAUGCCCUACCAUAAUCCAAACAUUAAAAAUCAGAUCGGUGACGCACUGUAUAAACGAAUUAUACGGGCUUACAAGGAAAAAGCUGUUUUUAGAGUUUUUGUUGUAAUGCCUUUAUUGCCAGGGUUUGAAGGGGAAGUGGGAGCUGCAACUGGUACUUCAUUACACGCCAUCACACACUGGAAUUAUGCAUCAAUUUCAUGUGGAAAAGAUGCAUUACUGAAUAGACUCAAAGAUGCUGGUAUAGAAGAUCCAUCCGAAUAUGUCUCAUUUUACGGCCUCAGAAAUCAUUCACGAUUAAAUUCUGAACCAAUAACGGAGUUGAUAUACGUCCAUUCCAAGCUCAUGAUUGUAGAUGAUAAAAUUGUCAUAUGUGGAUCUGCAAACAUCAACGAUAGAUCGCUAAUUGGAAAGCGAGAUUCUGAAAUUGCUGUUAUAAUAGAGGACGAACUCUUUGACGAUGGAAUAAUGAAUGGCAAUGCUUAUCCAUGUGGAAAAUAUGCUGGUACUUUACGUAAAUGUCUUUUUAAGGAGCAUCUAGGACUGUUGGACAAUUCAGCAUGUACGGCUGAGUUUGAGGUGGCUGAUCCGAUAAGUGAUUAUUUUUACAGAGAGGGUUGGUAUAAAACUGCUAGUCUAAAUACAGAAUUAUACGAAAAAGUGUUCCAUUCGCUGCCCUCGGAUAGUGUCGAAACUUUUGCGGACAUUAAGAAGAAUAACGAAACGAAACCGUUGUGGGUAGAGGAAUUUUCUCGAGCCGAGAAAAUGCUGGAAAGUAUCCAGGGUCAUUUGGUGCUCCUGCCUUUAAACUUUUUAAGUAAAGAAAAUUUAACACCUGCUGCCGCCUCAGUCGAAGGAAUGCUGCCUACUUCACUUUGGACCUAAAACUAAACGAUACUAUGAUAAACAUUUACACUCGCCUUAAAAGAAAUGUAUAAUCGAUACUUUUGCAUCCAUUUGGGCGUUUAUAGUCAACUUUAUCAAUGACGAUUUUAUAAAUGUUUACACACUUUUUAUAGUCUACUCUUAUAUGUCAAACAAAUAUUUAUCGAACGGAAAGGUAAAGGAGUUGAUUUGUCAUAGUUCAGUAUUAUUUUCAGAUGAUAGUUGUAUUUUUAAUUUGAUAAACAUGUUUGUGUUUUUUCAUUUAUACUAAUGUUUCGUGGGUGCACCAAGACACUUUGUAUAUAAAUAAGUAUUAAAGUUUGUCUCCUGUUCCUGAUAUUUAUUAGUCAAUGAAACGGCUGAUAUUUGAUUAUACUCAUUGUUUGUUUUAUACAACUUAUAGAGAGAGGGGGUGUAUAAUUGUUAAUUAUUUUUUAUAUUAUAGUCUAAUAAUAUACAUUGUUCAUAGGAACUCGCAGAUACACAUGUAUAAGCAUAUUGAUGCAUUUUUAUUAUAGUUAACUUUUUACUGUUCUUCAAAUCACUACAACUAAUAUUUAUUGAGACGUUUAUGACAAAACUAACUAAAAAUAUUGGUGUAUUAUUUGAAGUAUGUUAAAAUAGAGUUGGUAAUUAGUCAAUUUCUAUUCACCUUAUGGAGUGUUUGUCCUCCAAUUUUUUACGUUUUGUGAUGUUCUUCUCAAUGUCUUCCUGCUUGAAGAUAAUUUAAGUUUUCUUUGACGAAAUAUUCUGAUGGUAACCUGCCUAAGUUAGUUCUUGGCUAAUCUACAGAUUUCAUUUACACGUACCAAUUGAAAAGAUUCACUCGUUUCUUAUUUUUUUGCUAAUUUAGUACUUGAUUAUUUCUGAUUUGAAGAACAGCAAAAAGUGUGCAUUUAAUGUGCUUGUCAAUCAAUAGUAACUAUUAAUCACAAAGUACAAAACUUAUUUUAUUUUUUAUUGUAUUUAAUAUUUUAUACUGUUUAAUACUGCCAAUAUUUGAAGACAUUAACCAUUUCUUAAAAUACCAUGUACCUCGAAGAUAUUCACACAUAACUACCAUUCCAUAUUAGUUUUAGCAGUUUUAUUUAAUAUGGAGGUCAGUAAGUUCAGUAAUGAUUUAACUGGGACUUGUUGCUCUUACUACAAUGCAAAUUUCGUUAAACUUUUGAGCCAUCUACUCCCUAGCCUAGGGAAUCUUUUAGAAAAUUCCAAUUUUCUUGGAAUAUUGGAUUCAAAGUAACUUAUACAGUCAAUGGUAUUAUUGGUUCAUCUUAGGGUUCAAAUGCAAAUUACUCUACUACUAUCAUAAUGACAUCCACCUGGCUAAGUUAAAAACUAAAAUAUUCAAAAAUAAUUGAUGGAUAUUGAUUUAUAUUGAAUAAAGUGAAUAUAAAGUGUAUUUCUUAUUUCGAAACUCUCCAUAUAUGCAUUUAAUUGAAUUCCAGUUAGUCGCAUUAUUCAAUUUAAUUUAACGUUCGCUUCAUAAGGAACUAAUGCAAGUAUUUCAAUUAUUUGGUUUAUAUUUUGAGAAUCAAUGUUGUUUAUUAAUUAUACUAAUAGUUUUAAUUGAUCAACUAAUGCAAUCUAUAAUUUGUAGUGAGAGUGUUCAUUUGAACUGAAAUUAUGCAUACGCUACUAUUUAGCGUCGACUUAGUGGUCAUUUAUUUGAGUAGUUAUCAUAUUUAUCAAUGAAUUUGUAGAGUUAUUUAUCAAUUCUUAAAAUUUGAAUGUAUAAAAAUCGCUAUGUGUACUUAUUCAGAUACAAUAAAUGUUUCGUUAUAGUGAAAUGAACACUCAACAUCCAAUAAACUAACACUGAAAUUGGAAUAGUUAGAUUAGAAAAUUAGAUAUUUAUUGUAUAUUUUUAAAUAUUUUAGCAACCUCAUUUCGCAUGUAACAAAUAAAUUUAUUUUUAAAUAAAUGUUCCAAAUUUAGCUUCUAUUCCGUAAAA